CAAGAGCCCCUAUUUAUGCCGGAGGAAUCCAAUGAGCUUCAAAGCUCUUUUCAAACAGAUGCUCCGCCCAGCAGAGCCGGGUGGUUCUUCGGGCCAAUUAAAAGAAGCGAAGCGGAGCGGCAGCUGAUGAAGUCUGGCAACGUUCACGGCUCCUUUCUGGUGCGCCAGAGCGAGACGAGCGGACACGGAUACUCCCUCUCAGUACGCGAUGGCGACACGGUGAAGCACUACAAGAUCCGGGUGCUGGAGAAGGGCAGCUUCUUCAUCACGCGACGCAACCAGUUCGCGACCCUGCGGGAGCUGGUGCAGAGCUACAGCCGCAAUUCCAACGGCCUGUGCGUGACGCUCAACCAGCCCUGCCUGAAGAAAGAGAUGCCGCAGACGGAGGGCCUCUCGUCGGACAUGGCCGACAAGUGGGAGAUCCCCCGCAGCUCCGUGCAGCUGGUGAAACGUCUGGGCGCUGGGCAGUUUGGGGAAGUGUGGCAGGGCCUCUGGAACAAGACCACGCCGGUCGCCAUCAAAACCCUCAAGCAAGGGACCAUGGACCGCGAUGACUUCCUCAGGGAGGCCCAGCUCAUGAAACGCCUGCGGCACCCCAAGCUCAUCCAGCUCUACGCCGUGUGCACGCAGGAGGAGCCCAUCUACAUCAUCACGGAGCUCAUGAGCAACGGCAGCCUGGCCAACUACCUGCAGACCCCCGAGGGGAGGAGCCUGGACCUGGUGGAGCUGGUGGACAUGGCAGCCCAGGUGGCGGCGGGGAUGGCGUACCUGGAGGCGCAGAACUACAUCCACCGCGACCUGGCGGCGCGCAACAUCCUCGUGGCCGAGCACAACGCCUGCAAAGUGGCCGACUUCGGCCUCGCCAGGGUCAUCAAGGAGGAUGAGUAUGAGGCACGGGUGGGCUCCAAGUUUCCCAUCAAGUGGACCGCGCCGGAGGCUGCCAACUACAACCGCUUCUCCAUCAAGUCCGACGUGUGGUCCUUCGGGGUGCUCCUGCACGAGAUCGUCACCUACGGCAAACUUCCGUACCCAGGCCAAACCAACGCGGAGGUGCUGGCCGCAGUGGACCGCGGCUACCGCAUGCCGUGCCCGGCGGGCUGCCCGCAGGCCUUCUACGACCUCAUGCUCGAGUGCUGGAACGUCGACGACCAGGCGAGGCCGACCUUCGAGACGCUGCAGUGGCAGCUCGAGGACUUUUUCAGCCAGGAGGGCACCAACUACACGGAGGCCGGCGCGCUCAGCUAGACGCCCGCUGCACGCGCGGCGUCGCCCGACUCCGAGGGUUGGACGGUCACGCGAGGGGUUGCCACUCAUCGCGGUUUUCCGACAAUGUGGUCCUCUCGUUGAGGCGUCUUCACAGGAUAUGUUUUUCUUUGUUGCGUAAUAAUACACCGCCCAAGACGGAUGUAUUUAUGUUUAGUUCUCCGAUCUUCUGGUAUUGUGAGAUAUACGGUAGUCCCUCGGUUAACAGUGACAUCGGUUAACAGUUUUCCGGUUAACGUUUCGCCUCCCAUAGCACCCCACGGUUUCGACUUCAACGUGAACAUUCUGAUUAAUGUCAUGUGUUUACGUUAUCCACGCGGGCGACAAUUUCGGCCAAUCAGAGCGCCCGUAAGUGGGGCUUAGCCACGGCCUCAGCCAAUCAGCGACGCCCAUUUGUGAGCGUUAAGAACUCGACUGGCUUUGUUUACAUUGUAACGUUUUCUGUUUUGGCAGUGGAAACAGCUCUCUUGCAGACUCACAUAAUUCCUAUAUUCGAUUAACAGUUAUUUCGGUUAAGAGUAGUUUUCGUGGAACGGAUUAAAGACGUUAACUGAGGGACCACCUGUACUUUUUAUGCUAUGCCCAUGAUAUAUCCUGGGUGUUCUUUUUUACUUCAGAGGUGGCAACUAUGAACACAAACACGCACACUAGGUUUUUCUUCCUGUUUUUUUUUUAAAACAAAUAAAUCCUACCAAAACAAGUUACGAUGGGAAAGAAACCAGCCUAUGCAAGCGUUUGAACUGGCUCUUCCCCCAAUUUAAGGUGGCACAUUCCUCAUCAAUAUCGGGGUGGGUUGCACCACCGACCUUGGGCACCCACAGGUAGAAGUCGCAGUGGAGAGUAGCGGAUCGCUGGUGCUUCUCUCCGCGUGAUGAUCAUUCACGAUGGUGGCAGACGUGGGGCUGCGAAACGUUGGCCACGUGGAAGCCGAGUGCUCUGAUGAUAGAAAUUAGCUUUUACGUGAUGAGAAGUUAUUGUAUUUCAGGGCCAGGAUUAUGUGCCAAUAUUUUAAGUAAAAACUUUAGGCAGUAUGCCGCUACUGCUGCUGCUGCUGCCAAAGUAUGAAUGGUUAGCACACGAGACUUACGAUCCAGGUCACCGUAUUGAUCUCCUGGUGUGGCAAGUUGAGACAAUUGUCAAGUUUCUUAAAUGCCGCUGCCUCUGUCCACCCCGCGGUAUAAACGGGGUACUGUACACCAGAGUUAUUCGUGUGGUGGGGUAAAGUGUGGGAACCUCCAACUGUUGUUUCCCAAGACGUCUGACCAGCGUGGAAGAGUAGGCCAGAAUUCCCUCGAGUGGGGAUUUAGAGCUGCCUCUGGUGGAGGCCCUGCCGCCAGCAGUGGCGUGAGCAAGCAAUUGCAGGGCUGCACCUUUAUCUUUUUACUAGAGGCGGGGAGAAAAACAUCUAAAUGUAAUUUCCACACAGACCUUUCAUUUAUUUGAAUCCUCUCGUUGGAGCUUGGAGCAGGUUGGUGUUUUGUGCAUAGCACGCUGUAUGCACUAUUUACCAUGAAGCAUGGGCCACUUAACUCCGGUAUUCCCUCCCUCUGCCUGCAUUUCAAUGAAUUGUCACUAUCCGGGGUCGUGAUUCGAUUGAAGAAUCAAAAACAAAAAUGUGCCUCGUAUAUUUUUCAACCAUCUCGUUUGUUUUCACAUUUCUUCCAUUUUUUUGUCGAGUUGCGUUUGUGCCCGUUCGUGUGUAUGUGAAACGACAUGUUUGCAUAACUUUUUAAAGAAUAGAUUAUUGCAGGAAUCAAUUUUAAUCGACGAUUCAUUGCAUUGCGACGUGCCUAAUUUAGAAAUAAUAAUACAAACUACAUGUGAAAUACACUGGCGUGUAUUUAACUGAAAACUGCACUUGUGAUCCACUACUCUUGACUCUGCCAGUCUUUGGGUACACUUUAUGCAUUUACUGGGCCCGUUUUACACCGACCUGUGUUCACUCUUGCCGGUAACGUGCCCGUCUGCCGUUGGCUUUAGCGUUUUAUUUCCGAGGCCUCGUGUACCAAGUCUGCCCGUGUCGCGUGCACCCUGCGUGUCGAGAUGCACGGUGCAUUGUACCCGAAAGGACCCUUGGGCUUGCUUCACGAUGCAGAGCGCGUGAGGAAUUCGCAAGGGGAAUGCUUCGAGGCCGAAUGGCGCUUUACGGGCUACGUUGCUCCGUCACAGUUAGUGCUGGAGGAGCGCCUUUCCGUGGGUUAACGUCUUUGCUGCGGUCGCUACAAGCAGAGGCGAUUCGGUUCUCGAACCGUGUAACCGCAGGGAUCCCACUGGGAUCGCAGCUCGCUCGUUCGUCCCGGUACGCGUGUCCUGUGAGCACGUUGAACUUCUUUCGCGCCCUACGUAGCCAACCGUGCUAAUCGGAGGUGCGGGGAAGGACGGAAAACUUAACGCAAAAGGCGUACCGUUUAGUGUAAGCAAAGGAACGUUUAAUGGUUGUAGAGUCCAAACGUGUUUUGAGGAUAGCAAUUCCUUUCACAUGCAGUGCUAGCUGUUAAAUACAAUGCAUCCUGUGUGCGCGUUGAGCCUUUGACCAAGUCGGCCUGAAUGCGCCCGAUCACAUGGGAUCUUGGAAGAUAAGCGGGAUUUGAGCCUGGAUAGUGUUGGAUGGUGGCCACCGUUACAAAACAGGUGCUAUGGGCUGAUUCUGCGGGAUUCUGCGGGGUUACACGGUGGGCAGCAGAGGGCAGUACAGCACAAUCCAUUGCUAUACUGUACUCCUCGCCCCCCCCCCCCCCCGCGUCUGCGCUCUUUCAACCCACACAACCCGCAUGGCCCGUAUGGCACGGGGAGGCCCUCGUCCAGCAGUGUAGUGACACAAGGGCUACGUGCACGCGCGCCCACGUGUUUCUGCAAGAGAGCGACCCGGAGUGUGGUGCACAGCGCUCACCCCGCUGCGUGCUUCUUUGCGCUGUCGUUUCCAGCACAAGCUACGGCGGCGAGGAGAUGUUAACUCCCUCGCCUGGUAUACAGGAGGUCGUGGGUUCGAUCCCGACCCUGAUGCCUGCUGUAUGUUUGGAGUUUGCAUGUUCACCCCGUGGUCGUGUCGAUUUUUCUCCGGCUCCUCCGGUUUUCCCCCCCCACAUUUAGAAUCAACAUCACGCGUUUAGAGUAUUUCGCUGCUAUACAUUUCCACGCGGAAAGCCACUUCGUUGAGCUAUAAUUUGUGGCCAGGUCGCUUCUGAAAAAGAGCCGUAUAGCUCAGUGGGCUUUACCUGGUAAAAUAAAGAUAGGUGAGUUUUAGUUUAUGUCACUUGCCACUAAGUGACAACUGGCCAUCGGGGCCCUGCUUGACACACAGGGACGCAACACCGCCCGCACUGCACUGCCUUGCCAAUCGGGAAUGGCUGCAGCAGACGUGCCAUCUUGCAACAACAAUUGCAUACAUCACCGAGGAAAAUAUGUUACGUCAUUAAAUGUCGUUGCCAAUAUGCUUUUGCAAAGCAUGCGCUGGUUAAGCCCCGAGGGUUAGCAUUAAGAGUUAUUGGGCCCACUUCACGUACACUUUGCUCGCGCUUUUCCUCAAUUAUUUCACCGAGCGGUGUAAAUUUUACCAAAAAAAGUUCUUUGAGAACGGCUGUCGCGACGGUGCUCACACACUACCAGGGAGACGGAGUGCACAACGUUGACCAAUCACGUCGUAUAUAAGUAACCAAAUAAGCAGACGAUGUGCCUCCUUUCACGUAUGUUCCUCCACAUUUUAAAAAAAGUGUUUUAUUUACACAUCCCAUCAUCCGUGUGCAGCCUUCUGGAAGUGCUGAAUUUCAACAGCAUUGGUUUGAUUUCAAACUCUGUCGGUUUUGACGUUCAGUGUCUCGUCAGCAGUCAGGCUUUCUUAAACUUGUGAACUGACAGAUGUUUAACACGUAGGCCCUAGGCACCAAUUGUGUUCAUGAUAGAUUGUGUAAAUGUGUUGUCCACCCACCUCCACCCGACAGACAAUUAGUAAGGGUUGUCACGUUACCAGAACGUGCCAAUUAGUAACUACUUCAGCACACAGGUGUAUUGAGAGAAAAUCAACAACAUGUUAGGUAAGGGCUGUUUCUUAAAAACUAAAUACAACUAUGUGUAUGUAUGUUGAACUUCUUUCGCACCAUACACAGCGAACCGUGCUAAUCGAGGGUGUGUGCGGGAAUGACAAACUAAACACAAAAAGCAGUUCUCAAGAAAUUCGUUUUCAAACGCUAUACCAAGUUGGUGCCAUUGCUGGACUCGACCCCAAUUCCACCAAGUUGGUGGUUGCUCCGGUGCAGAAUGAGGUGGCAGAACACACGUGUCUCAAGGGCAAAAUCGGCCGCUCGUGCAUUGCAAUUGGAGGAGUGGGGACGAUAUCCCCGUAGAAUCGGCCGCCUUUCACUCAAAACGGGACGCAGUGACAGCCAAAAAACCUCACGAAUCAUGAAUCGGGCCCACAGACCUUGGAAUAAAGACUAUGGGAUCUCCGGCUUGUUUUAGCUCCGGCUCUUUAACGUUACUUGAAUCCUUUGCGAAUGCCGUCGAUCUGCAGUGUGUGCAGAGACCGCUUCAUCAAAACAUCUCAACACUGAAUCCUAAUACACACUUUGUGCAUUAAACACACAUUACUGUAAACGUGAUGAAUAAUUGCUAUUUUUGUUAAGUCAUUGGUACUAACUAUAUUUUGUCUUAUUAACAGGUAAAACUUGUUAUCUUGUGCACUUUGGAAAAAUAAAGUGUUUAAAUUUA